AAUAGAGAGGGAACAUAAGCUACUCCUCACACCAACCAAUCUCUACUUGCCUUACUCAAUUAUCAUGGCAACUAAAGCUUGUCUGCUCUCAUUUCUGCUCUUCUUUCUCGUUUCUCAAAUAGACUUAGCACACUCAGAUGCUGAUCAUGAUCACCAAAAACAAUCCCCAUUCGAAUUCCUUAAGCAUCUUCAAGGAUGUCACAAAGGCGAGAAGGUCAAAGAUGUCAACAAGCUCAAAAAGUAUCUCGAAAAGUUUGGUUACUUGAGCUAUACCAACAAUCAUUCUCAUGCCAAUGACGAUGAUUUUGACGAUCUUUUGGAGUCUGCUGUCAAAACUUACCAGCUCAACUACCAUAUAAAGGCUACUGGUGUUUUGGACUCCAACACCGUAUCAAAAAUGAUGAUGUCUCGUUGUGGCGUGGCUGAUAUAGUCAAUGGUACAACUUCAAUGCGCGUGGGCAAGAAACGACACCUUCUAAGCUCUCAUAAUUUCCGCACAGUCUCUCAUUACUCUUUCUUUCGUGGAGAGCCCAAGUGGCCUGCUUCGAAAUACCAUCUCACAUACGGAUUCCUUCCUGGAACCCGAAGUGAUGCUAUCACUCCUGUUACACGGGCUUUCAUGACAUGGGCUGCCAACACACACUUCGACUUCACUCAGACUCAAGAUUACACAAAUGCCGAUAUUACUAUUAGCUUUCAUAGUGGUGAUCACGGAGAUGGAAACGCAUUUGAUGGACGUGGUGGAACCCUUGCCCACGCUUAUGCGCCGCAAGACGGGCGGUUUCACUAUGACGGGGAUGAACCGUGGUCCGUGGGUGCGACCCAAGGCGCCUAUGACAUGGAGACUAUUGCGUUGCAUGAAAUAGGACAUCUUCUUGGUCUGGGGCAUAGUUCUGUUGAAGGGGCUAUUAUGUUCCCUUCUAUUGCUGCUGGGGUGACCAUGAGUUUGCAUGGUGACGAUAUACAGGGGAUUAGGGAUUUAUAUAACAUUGCUUGAAGAUGAAGGUGAAAGUGCAUUAAUUCAAUUUGAUUUCAAAUAAGGGCAGCGGAAUAUUUCUGUUUGUCACUUUCCGGCAAUACUACAAGCAAUUCAGCCCAAAAUUCCAUGUAAUCUCAUAAUUUUUUUUUUUUAUGUUGUUCGCUUUGUGUAAAAGUUGUGAUGUCCAAUAAAAUAAUUGAAUUCAGCAUUAUUGGUUUGUGUUUGGUAACUUAA